GUAAGGAGUAGCACUUUUUAAAAGUGCAGCCCGGAGGCCAGCCCCAGCCGCGGAAUCCUCGGUGUCAAGUCUGGUCCUCAUCGUCCCGGCCGCGCGCCCUCCCAGUUCCACACCAGUCCGGCCCAGGCCAGUCUAGCCCGCACCAUGCCGGUCAAAGGAGGCACCAAGUGCAUCAAAUACCUGCUCUUCGGAUUUAACUUCAUCUUCUGGGAGUUUAUAUUCUGAUUGGAGCCGGUGCCCUCAUGAUGCUGGUGGGUUUCCUGGGCUGCUGUGGGGCCGUGCAAGAGUCCCAGUGCAUGCUGGGAUUGUUCUUUGUCUUCCUCAUGGUGAUAUUUGCCAUUGAGAUAGCUGCGGCCAUCUGGGGAUAUUCCCACAAAGAUGAGGUGAUUAAGGAAGUCUCUGAGUUCUACAGGGACACCUACAACAAGCUGAAGUCCAAGGACGAGCCCCAGCGGAAAACCCUGAAAGCCAUCCACUACGCGUUGAACUGCUGUGGUAUGAUUGGCGGAGUGGAACAGUUCAUCUCCGACAUCUGCCCCCAGAAGGAUGCUCUGUCAACCGUCACCGUGAAGCCCUGCCCUGAGGCCAUAAAAGAGGUCUUUCACAACAAAUUCCACAUUAUCGGCGCAGUGGGCAUCGGGAUUGCCGUGGUGAUGAUAUUUGGUAUGAUCUUCAGUAUGAUCCUGUGCUGUGCGAUCCGCAGGAGCCGAGAGAUGGUCUAGAGUCAGCUUGCACCCCUGAGCAGGAAAGUCCACCCCUAAAGAGUGUUGGUUAUUUUCUUGGGGUUUUGUGUUUUUUGUGUUUUGGGUUUUUUUUGUUUUUGUUUUUGUUUUUUUUGGUGUUGUGUUGUUUUUGUUUUUUGACUUUUUUUUUUUGCCACUAACCUUAGUAUUCAUUCUGCAUUUCUAAACAAAAAAGUUAUUCCAUGUUUGUCUUUUUAAUGCUUUAUUCAAUAUUGGUAUUUGUAGUUGAGAGAGUUGGGGAUUUGGUUUGCUUUGGUUUAUAUUUUUUUGGUUGUUUUUGCUUAUUAUGUUAAGCAGAAAUCCUGCAAUGAAAGGUACUAUAUUUGCUAGACCCUAGACAAAAGAUAUUGUACAUAAAGAGUUUUUUUUGUCUUUAAAGAGAUAAAAAAAUGUCUAUCAAACUUAAUCAGGUUGUAACUUAUGUUGAAGACAAUUUGAUACAUAAUAAAUGAUGAUGACAAUAUCCUGGA